AUGGUUGUUAUGGAGAUCAAUACACUACAGCCUAAACUUGACUGGCUAAAUAGCAGGCCAGUGAUUCACCAAGCCUUUAUGUCAGAAGUGACAGUCUGCCAGUGCUCUGCAAAAGGAACAAAUAUAAGCAUCACCGGUAGUUCAUCCAAGAUUAUUCUUAAAUACACCAACAUUUCAAGCAGUUCGGAUUAUCAGCCAAAGUUACCAUUACUAUCGAUGACAACCCUUUCAGGAUUUCACAGUUUCAUGCAGAUCUUAAAUUCCGACUUUGUGAAUAAUGUUGGGCCUAUCCUCACAGUAGAAAACAUUUAUCAAACAUCUAUUGUCGACUCACACUUAGAAGAAAACAAAGGGCAGUCGGAUGGUGCCAUCCUAACAGGACAUGAGUGUGAGUUCAGCUGUAAUGUGGUCAACAAAAGUUUGUUUUUGUCACCUGUGCUGUUGCAAAAUGUUCAUCAAGUAUCCUGUAAUAACUGUACUGUAGACACAGACUGCCCAGUGCACUGUGGUCCAGGGGAGUUUCUGUCAAGUAGCAUCCUUUGCAGCCCUUGCCCAGCUGGAACUUACAGCUUAGGAACUGUGUCAAACAAAACCAUGCUGCAAUGUACAAGCUGCCCAGCUGGAACUUACAAUUCAAAGAAAAGAAGUAAACAGUGCACGCGUUGUGCGAAGGAUACUUUCGCGUCAAAGACAGGGUCAUCAUCGUGCACCAAGUGUAAGAACGAGUUUUUUACCUCAAAACCAGGUCAAUCGUCAUGUUCUUCAGCGACAGUUGGUUUUAUCGUGUUCACCGUGUUCGUGUCUCUUCUAAUUGCCGGGCCCCUGCUGAUUCUGAUGUUGAAAAAGCGUUUAGGAGAGGAGAAAUGUUCCUUGUGUAUUCCGCACUCACCGUCAAGGCAGAGAUUGUGCGAAGAUGAACCCAACAUCUAUGCUGUACAAAACAAAUAAUACCUAAGGGCCAUUCAUAAGGUUUG